GGGGGCAGACUGUUUAAAGGUGCCGCCCAGCAUAUCGCGCAUAAAACAGCGCACAAUGUAGCUCUAGGAGACAUGCGCAGCUUCCAGCCGCACAUUUACACCGCAGACACGCAAACAUGGCUCUUGACAUCGGCACUUGGGACCUUGCAUGUGAGUUCAAUAACACAAGCCAUCGCACAGAACUGAAUGGUACUGAUCAACUGAUAGUGAGGAGAGGACAGCCAUUCAGCAUCAACCUCAACCUUCGUUCCGGCUCUUACGAGCCUGGAGUCCAUCAGCUCCACAUCGUAGCAGAGACAGGGCCGGAUCCUGUGGAACAGUAUGGUACCAAGGCUGUUUUUGGUCUGAGCGAUAAUAUUGAUGAUACACAAUGGAGCGCUGCAGUAACCAGCCCCCCUGGGGAGAUUGUCUCCUUGUCCAUCUGUUCUGCCCCUGAUGCAGCAAUCGGCCGCUACACCGUGACUCUGGAUGGCAGGAUUCAAUUUGAACUGGUACUACUAUUCAACCCCUGGUGCCCACGAGAUAUGGUGUACAUGAACAGUGAGGAAGAUCUGGAAGAAUAUGUUUUGGCUCAGGACGGGAUCAUCUACAGGGGCGAUGCCAAAUAUCCCAUCCCUUCAGCUUGGUACUUUGGCCAGUUUGAAGAAGGCAUUCUGGAUGUGUGUCUAAGAAUUCUGGAUGUGAACCCGAAAUGCCAGAGGAACCCUGGGAAAGAUUGUUCUGGCCGCAGAAACCCUAUUUAUGUCACUCGAGUGCUUAGUGCUAUGGUGAACAGUAAUGACAGAGAUAAUGGGGUACUGGAAGGCUGCUGGAAGCAAAGUUUUGAAGGUGGAAUCAGUCCCAUGGCAUGGAGAGGGAGUGUGGAGAUUCUUAAAACUUGGAGUUCCACUUCUUGCCUGCCAGUCCGCUUUGGCCAGUGCUGGGUUUUUGCUGCUGUUGCCUGCACUGUGUCUCGAGCGCUAGGAAUCCCCUGCAGAGUGGUGACUAACUACUUCUCAGCCCAUGACACCAACAGCAACCUGGUGAUUGAGCGCUAUGUGGAUGAAAAUGGCAAACUGCUGAACACCAGCAGAGACAUGAUCUGGAAUUACCACUGCUGGGUGGAGAGCUGGAUGGCUCGUCCAGAUCUGAAAGAAGGCUUUGAUGGCUGGCAGGCUAGUGACCCCACACCCCAGGAGAAGAGCGAGGGGGUAUUCUGCUGUGGGCCAGUCCCACUGAAUGCCAUAAAGGAGGGAGAAAUCCAGUGUAAGUAUGAUGCUCCGUUUGUGUUCACGGAGGUAAAUGCAGAUGUUGAGACCUUCCUGAAAUACCAAGACGGCAGCACAAGAAAGAUCAUAAGUUCUACUGUGGUUGGCCAGAACAUCAGCACUAAGAGUGUUGGAAGUGACAAACGAGAGGACAUUACUCACCUUUACAAGUACCCAGAAGGCACAGCUGAAGAACGAGAGGCAUUUAAAAAAGCCAACCAUCAAAACAAACUCAUGAAACAGCCUGACAACACUGGCCUACAUGUCACCAUCAAGGUCAGCACGGAAAUGAGGAAGGGCUGUGACUUUGAUGUCUAUGCCUUGGUUACCAACCAGACAUCUGUGGUAAAGAAGUGUCGCCUGGUGUUUGCCUCCCGUGCAAUGUCCUAUGAUGGAGCUAUAGGACAGGAAUGUGGCUUUAAAGACCUGCUCAAUGUUGAGUUACAACCCGGAGGAGAGCGGAAGGUCCCACUGAGGCUGAACUACAACAAAUACUGCAAUGCCAUUACCCAGGACAACUUGAUCCGCCUGGGUGCUCUGCUGAUUGACUACAGCACCAAAGAAGGCAUUCUGGCUAUGCGCACUAUUGUCCUUGAAAACCCAGAGAUUAAGAUAAAGAUCCUGGGAGAACCCAAAGAGAACCGUCAGCUGGCUGCAGAGCUCACGGUGCAGAACACACUGCCAGAGACUUUAAAUGCAUGCUGCUUCAGUAUUGAGGGAGCCAACCUCACUGGAGGCAAGACCAUCACUGAGAGUCUUUCGACCAGUAUUGAACCUGGACAAGAAGCUAAACUCAAAAUCUACUUCACCCCAACCCAUUAUGGCUUGCGCAAACUGCUGGUGGAUUUUAACAGCGACAAACUUGGUCCUGUAAAAGGGUUCAGGAAUGUUAUCAUCGGCAAAUAAAGGCUCUUGAUCACUCUAAUGCUUGUUUCGGUGAAAGCCAAAUGAAAAUGGCACACAUUGUAGAUCAAGAAUGUUACAAACCUAAUGUGUCAUUUCUGGGCUUUUUGUUUGGGAAAAAAAAAGUUUGCACCAAAAGGAUUGUUGUUAGCUGCAUCCAGCCAAGAUCCAUUUCCAUUUUAACCAGCAUUUAAAUCCCGAACCAGUUUUGUUUUGAAUUAAAUGAGACAGACAGAAGAAAUAAUAGAUGUUUUGGAAAUUUGUUGCUCCAAUUUACUUGUUAUAAAUUGCCCUUGUCCCUUACACAAAUCUCCCUCACUGCAACAGAUAGUGAAUAUGUAACCAAGGCUUUUUGUUUCUUAUAUGUUCUUAAGCAAAUAAGUGCUCUAUCUAUAUAGUUUGCAGUAUAAAGCAAGUUGAAUAGUGAAGACUUAUUCUCCUUUUUCCCAGAUGUCUUUGUGUGUCUUACUUACUCAUUCUGACAUCAGUGUAACUAUAUGGCCUAUAUAUCUUUUAUAGGAGGUUUUCAUAAGUCUACACUGCAAUGGUCCUAUAAACAUGUUGCUAUCAUAUAACUAAGUGCCUUAUUCUACAGCUUUAAGUCUGGUAUUUUGCUUUUGAAACUUUCUUUAUUACUGAUUGUGAAAGUGGGCAGGUUUAUAUAAGGAGGCCCGGUGCUAUAAUGUCACAAUCAAACAGUUUAUACAAAAGAUAUUCUAUAUUUUUCAAUAAAGAUGCUUUGACCUUAGUUAGAGCGCAGCUUUUAUAGUAUCAUUUAAUGCAUGUAUUUUAAUGUGAAGCGGUUACUCCAUUAAAGACUUAUAUCACUGAGAAA